AUGCAAACCAACUAUUUCGUAUAUUAAAAAUAGGAAGAUGAUUAACCUGAAAAUCUUCCAUUGCUUCCUUUGCAAUCCAAAUUUUCAGUCACUAGUCAAAUGAAUCCCGUAAAGGGUCUUGAAAUGAAGAGAUUGAUUUCUGUUAAUCAAGACGGUGCUGCCGAACCUUACAUAGACUUGGGAAAUUAAACCUAUAUUAGCAACUAUUUCAAUAAUGGUCUUACUAACUAAUCUUCAUUUGUUCUUGAUUUCAAUAACUAACAAAGCUACCUCCCAAAUUAUAACAAUCAAACUAGCAUGAUAAAUGAUAUGCUUCUCUAAAAUAACUAGAGUUUCAUGGAUAGUGGCAUUUAAGGCCAGCUUAACAACGCUAUCCAAUAAAAUUAAAGAUAAAACCAGAACUACUAUCCCUAAUAGCAAUCAUAAAACUUCUUUGUGAACACAAAUGUAGGAGGAGGAAACAAUCAUUAAAAUUCAAACAAUUUAAAUCAACAAGUACUCUCUAACCAAUAGAACUAAAAUACAAAUCUCAUCUUUAAGAAUCCUGAGUAAUUCAGCAACUAUGUUCAACCAAGCAACGGCAACAAUAAUUUGAAAUUCUAAAAUUAGAAUAUCAUUAGUAAUGGAUCAAAUAAUAACAAUAACAUUAAUUAAUAUAGCAAUAACCAGAUGAGCAAUUACAACUUCUAAGGUUAACUAUAAAAUAAGCAACUUUAAUAGCAUGGAAAUGUAUAUCAGGAAAUUCAAGAAAAGAAAGAAGAAAUAGAACAAGAUGGUCAAAACAUCGGAUACGAUCAAUUCCAAGUUCCUAAAGCAUACUAUUAAUAGCAUUUAUAAGCACCAAACUAAAAUCUUAUUAACUUCCACAUAUAAUAAAACCAUUAAGAUUAUAUAGAUAGAAAUGAGGCAGAGUACAUUCCUGAGCAUAAAUCUCACCACGGUGAUGAUGAUGAAUCUAGAAAUUUUUCAUAAAAUAACAAUGAAAAUGAAGAAAGAUAUUAGGACGAUGAAGAUGACUAUCGUGAUAAUAUGGACAGUCAUACCCGUCACAAAACAGAAUGGCCUUCUCGUCCUAAAGGAUAAACUAAAUAUCAAUAAUGCCGUCACAGAAAUAUAUUCAAAAAUUUUGGUAAUAUCUUCCGUAAAUUUGUCAAUUUCCACAAUCACUUUACUGAGAAGGCUCUUUCUAAUCUUGAUAAUAACCAAGAAUCUCUUAAGGCUUUCCAACGUUGGCUCAAAAAAGAAAUUCGUCUUGAAAAUAAAAAAGAUUUCAUUGAAGGAUGGACUAUUUGGAAAGACGAAGAUCUCUAAAUAAGGUAAUUCAAAAUCAUCCUUAAAGAGCUCUCUAGAGAUUUCUUCUAAGACUACAUCUUAAUUUACUUACUCAAUAGUAAACUUUAAGAUUUGGAAAUCCACUUGAGAUCAAUUGGUCCCUGUCUUGCUGCUAUUAACUAGCCCAGUAUUCUUUACAAGUUUAGACCUAUAUGA